AGGGGUGUGGUUCUCGGCCGAGUUUCGUAUCUCCCGCGCCUCCGUCGUGUUGGUCUCUGUAUCUCCCGCCUUAGUGUGCCACGCGACAUCAACAUCUGUAUCUCCCGCCUUGGUGUCUCACCGCUCUUGGGUCUUAUGACGUCAGUUUCCUCUGUGAAGGUGUGUACACCUCCACCUCCUCGUCCUUGAAUUGUAGUCUGGAGGCAAACGGCAAGUUUGUUGUCAUCGCGACGUCCUCUCCGCCGUUGUCUCGUCAGCAGGUACCACAUCGCCCCCCCUUUUGUUUGCGUCCGUUCUUCGUUGGUUUUCGUGAGCUAUGGCGGGGCCACCGCUGCGUAAGCCGGUCUUCAUCAAGGUCGCGGACCUCCGACCUGGGACGUCCGGUCACAACUUGGUCGUGAAUGUCGUUUCCACGAAGGUGGUCCUGCAGCGAUCCCGACCUGAUGGUAAUCAGGUACGCCAGGUCCGGAUAGCCGAGAGCAUAGUUGGCGAUGAAACUGGCGUCAUCGUCUUCACGGCUCGAAACGACCAGGUGGACAAAAUGAAAGAAGGGGAGACGAUCAAGCUGAGAAAUGCGAAGAUCGACAUGUUCAAGGGUUCGAUGAGAUUGGCAGUGGACAAAUGGGGACUGGUGGAAGAGGCAGAGCCUGCGACUUUUGUGGUGAAAGAGGAUAAUAAUCUGUCUCUUGUGGAGUAUGAGCUCGUCAACGUGAUUGACGAAUGAUCGGAGGAUGACGUUUUCCUGCAAUGGUGGCGGCGGGGAAUCAAGCGCGCUUUGGUCUCUUCUUACUUUCUCCUUCCUCUCUCUCUCCCCCCCCUCUCUCUCUCUGCUGUUUGCAUAUCGUCCUCGCGGCGUGCUUGUGCCACGCCGAGCAGAGCUGCUUCAGUAAACGGGGAACGACUGACGUUUCACAUACCCGCAACGUCGAGGCGGCGGGCGAAUGUGAGCGGGUGUUGGUUUACCAGCGAACGAGUGCUGUGUGGUGUUGCUGACGGUCAUGUAGGGUACCUACCUGCUUGCAAUCGGAAUGGAGAAGGAUCGAUCGUUGAGUCGAUCGAACGGACACGUGGGGCCUUUGCGGCCCUCGUGGCAUUUGUAGGGAAUGAGGGGUUUCCAGGUGGAGUAGAUUGAGACUCGGAAGUUGGCAGUUGACGUCACUGGUGCCGUAGGAGAGCUGGGGAACUCCGAGUGAGUGAUGUAUCUAGUCUACCGAUGGGACCAAGAGGCCAAGCAUACGUAGAUCUUCAUUGUGAUACUGAGAAUCCGCUGUGCAGUCGGAAGAUAGCCCAGUUGGAAGAGAUGGGCAAGCGGCGGCAACCUUUCCACGGCCAUGGUAAGAAGGACGUCUGGACUGCUCGUAUCAGUGCGAAUCUUUCUGGACAAAGGGUGAUGGUACCCUGCUUUUCCCACGGUCUGUGUAAACUUUUCCACUACUUUUUUAACCUUUUUUUGGCUCUGCUCUGUGUAUUUCUCCCUCUUUGCCUCUUUCCCUCUCUUUCUCUGCCCUCGCAAACACUGCUAACGUGUUUUUCUUUUCCCUCACCAGUCCCGUUGUUUUCCAUUUCUAUCAUCUUCCUAGUUAUGCGUCCGCAUCCAUCCUUUGUGGUUCUGGACCUUUAUCUCUGCAAUACUCUCCGAUCUCUCCGCGUCUAAUGUCACCGUGACACGUCUUGCUCUCACUCUCUUCCUUCGCGCUCUGUCAAGCUAGUUGAUCACACACCCAUUACGGUAUGUGGCCUUCUUUCAAGGUCUCUCUCUGCAUAUCUCCGUCCAGGGUCUGCGCGUUAUCUCCCUGUCUGACCUUCCAGUCUAAGGCGUAGAUUACGCUCGUUCAAUGUUGCGCAGUCUUCACAUCUACAGUCGAUCUGAUCACCAAACGAAUGUCGCGCAUCUAUUUCUCGGUAAUCGGAUAAUAUUUGCUUUUGCACGUUUAAUCUUUAUGUUUACUGUCUGCGUCACACGUAUCUCUACAACUGUUUGAUCCUCACUAAUCUAUCCUCUCUCUCUCUCUCUCUGUUCACGCAACUUAACCAUACAACUAGUACAAUCUUCUUUCACCGUCGUCCCUUGCUCCUCUUUAUAUUUUGCCCUUCCGCAGUUUUCUUGUUUGUCGUCUGAACGCCUGAUUUGUCCUCCGCGCUCCCUGCAAUCUUUAUCCCACCGCCGGAGGACUUUCUGUUCCCCACACCUUGCAGCCGGCCUCC